AAAAAGGUACAAGGAUGGCACUACCGGAAGAGGAAAUUAGGCGGUUAUUUAGGAUUCGGAAAACUGUUAUGCAAAUGCUGAGAGACAGAGGUUAUUUGGUUGGAGAGUUUGAAAUCAAUAUUGAAAGAGAUGAUUUCAUGCGCAAAUAUGGUGAGAACAUGAAAAGAGAAGAUCUCAUUAUCAGCAAGACCAAGGUCAAUGAUAACUCUGAUCAGAUAUACGUCUUCUUCCCAGAGGAACCAAAGGUUGGUGUUAAGACCUUGAAGACAUAUACUGAACGUAUGAAAUCAGAGAAUGUUUUCAAAGCAAUACUGGUUGUUCGAGAAAAUCUGACACCCUUUGCCCGAACCUGCAUGAGUGAGAUAGCUACCAAGUUUCAGCUGGAAGUUUUCCAGGAGGCAGAGUUGUUGGUGAAUGUUAAAGAUCAUGUUUUAGUUCCUGAGCACCAGGUUCUAACAAAUGAGGAAAAGAAGACUUUGCUGGAAAGAUACACUGUCAAAGAAACACAGCUACCUAGAAUGCAAGUUACUGAUCCAAUAGCACGUUACUAUGGGUUAAAGCGUGGUCAAGUUGUGAAAGUUAUCCGACCAAGUGAAACAGCUGGGCGUUAUGUUACCUAUCGAUAUGUUGUUUAAAGUCUUCACUUUGUCAUCACCUUCAGAAAGUUUGCUUCGUCUAUAACACAGCUAAUGAGCUAUGAUUUGAACAUUCAAAAUCUGAUAAUAUGAUAUA